GGCGCGCCGAUGUGGUUACACGCGUGCGUAGAACAGGUCCGCGAGUUCGCGAGUGUACAAUUCAAAAACAAACGCGCUUUUUAGUUUCGAAAUUUGAAAAACUGCAUUAUUUGUGUUGUCUGUGACCAUGAAGUUAUUAGUGGUGUUUUUUGUUUUUGCGUCGUCCGCGGCUGCAGUCUUCGCCGCCGUAACCUCGUGUGCUCUGUCUGAAGAUUUCUUCUCUAGACACAACAUAUCAGCUGAUGAUCGCAACAUACCAGGUUCAGUAUGUGGUGGACAGUGCUGCGGCCGAGGUAGAGAAACACAGCUGAGGAAUGUUCUCCGACGGACAGCAGAGCAGCGCGUCGCGACCGCAUUGCGGCCCAUCUCGGAGUUACUGCUAGCAACCAAACGAACGCUGCAAGAACACCUAACAGCGUUAUCAUACCAGUCGCAGAACAAAACGGCAAUAUUUUUCACUCAGCUCUACAAAAGUCACGCGAUACGAGCGCACGCGCCUCUCACAGCCCUCUACGACGACAUAAGGAUACUUCUCAAAUCAAAUUCAGAUGAAGAUAGCGGAGAAGAACUGGGCACGCCUUCGCCAAAAGACUUGACCAUAAGUGCUAAUAAAUUCUUUCGGGAGGUGUUCCCAGUGGCGUAUCAAAACGUGCUGAAGUUAGAUCCCAAGCAGUUCACGCCCGAGUAUGAAGCGUGUUUGAAGGAUGCGUAUGACGCCGUUCAGCCAUUUGGAGAUGUGCCACAACAGCUGGGCGUGUCAUUAUCUCAAUCGUUAGAAGCAGCAAGAGCUCUACUUCAAGUACUGGUGGUGGGAGCUGGUGCGCUUGCUACAAGCGAACAUGUACUAUCUGCCUCCAACGAAGAAUGCUCAACAAAGCUGCUGAACCUGGGCGGAUGUUCUCGAUGUAAGGGCUUCAACACGAGCCCUUGUAGGAACUAUUGCUUGAACGUUGCGAGAGGGUGCAUAGGCUCUCUGGUAGUGGAGCUGGACGCGCCCUGGCUGGGGUACGUGGAGGGUGUUGAACGACUUGCAAGGCCGGAUGCUGAUGCAGCCUUGCGAGCUUUGGACUCAAAAGUUUCGUCAGCUAUCAUGCAUGCACUUGAAAACCACGUGAUUUUGGAGAAAAAGGUAAGGCAAGAGUGCGGACCACCAUCCACAGUGGAUGCCCCCAACCCACCAUCAUCCUGGUCUACCCCCGGAGCGACAAGACGAGACGCCUUUCGAGCUCCACCACCUGAUACCGAACUCCUACAGUUUGCUGCAACUUUGGCUGCAAGCAAGAAACUGUUUGCUGGACUUUCGGAUAGAUUGUGUGACGAGCCUGACUUCGCAAAUGAGAAUACCGAAAAGUGCUGGAAUGGAGAGACAAUAGGAGAGUACACGAAAUCUUUGGUCGCUUCAGCAUCACUAAGUGAUCAGAAGUACAAUCCAGAGAUUACCGCAAGCACUCAUCAAGAUUUCAGAGUUGCGGCACUGGGCGAUAGGUUGCGACAAGCACGACAGCUGUUAGUGUCCCAUUCCUGGGGUGGAUCAGCUCCAGCGGCUGAAGCUUUCAUGCAAGGGGACGAAGCUGGUGACGAAGGGUCAGGGUCAGGCAGAAGUUAUAAUGAAGACGACGCUGCAUACGACGCUGAAGGCUCAGGCGAAGAAGGUUCUGGCAUAGAGGAAACUGGAAGCAAAACAUCUGAGGAAACAACAUACUCUUCAACGCCAAGAACCUCGUCAGCUACUGCAUUUAGACCCCUGUUUUCCAUUGUCAUCAGCUUUGCAACAUAUCAGUUUCUGUAUUACUUAAAUCAGUUCAGACCAAUAAGCCUUAGUGGAGCCCUGUGAAACUACUUAAGAAUGUCCAUAUCAUACGACUAAAGUGAUCUGAGUGAAUGUGAGGACUUAUGUGACUUUGACAAGAUGUUAUGAAGUAGUAUUAUGUACUAUUGGCUAUAUUUGGCGUUAACUGAUAGCAAAUCUGUGAAGAUGGAGACAUAUUUAUGUGAAAAAGAAAUAUUACGAGAGUUCAGUCGAUGCAGAACGUAUAAAUAUAAGAAUUCUGAUAUUUUAUUUAAGGUCAGGACAUGCUAGCGCAGGUUCAAAGUGCAUUGAAGCGUAAACCAAAUAUUUUCAUUCAUAUUGACACAUAACUCUACAUGGUCAUGCACAAACUAUCAUUCCUCCUAAAUUUCUGUAAAAGCGUGCCCCGACCCUAAGUCAAACACUAUUAUAUACCUCCAUCUAGUAGCUAACAAUUUAAAUAAAUAAUUUUCUUAGAACAUGGGAAACAUAAGCAUUAAAGCAAAUUACGCUAUAGUAGUAUAUAUUAUAUAUAAAUAUGUACUACUAUUAGAUGUAAUAAAUAUAAAUCAAGCAAUUAAUAACGAAGUUAUUAUAGCUUAUAACAGUAAAAAGAAUCUCAGAUGUGCUACCGAUUUAUAAACAACUUAAAGUUGAUAGCUCUUUUGUAGGUCUUUUUAAUAAUAAUUAUAAUAAUAGCGCACGAUAAAAGUGUAGUCUCUUAUGUAAAAGACAAAUUAAACUAUAAAAAAUUUAUAUUACUGUGGAAGUAUAAAUUAAAAAAAUUAGGUAAUAUAAGUGUCCUGCGUAGCUAGUCUCAAACUAGUGUUUAAUGCCAGCUUCUAAAUUAACUACAGAGUAUAAUAAUUAAUAGAAUAGAGGUUAUUAUGAAGUAUUUGAUGAAAAUAAAAAAUAAAAGAGAUGCAUUUAAAAUAUAUCAUUUUAAUGUGUAAUGUACAGCAUAUCAAAAUGUUUAUCGAUUUGUAAAUAUAUUCGGGAUCUAUUUUAUAGUAGAAUAAAUUGACUCUUCGACGGGAGUGUAUAAGUUAUUGAAUUAAUUGGCGAAAUUUUAGAUACCAUAUUUGGCAUUUUAGAACGUAAAGAAUUUAUAGUAUUCACGUUAAA